GGAGGCCGCAGAGCCCCUGACAGGUGUCCCCGGCCGUAAGUGCCCCUAGGCGGCCGCUCGAGGGGCGGCUCUGCUUGUUGCUGCUGCUGCGAUCUUCAGCGAUGAUGCUGGCGGAGCAAGCCCAGAAGUGGUUCCCAACUCACGUGCAAGUUACGGUCCUUCAAGCCAAAGGUCUGAAGCCAAAAGGUAAAAAUGGCAGCAACGAUGCCUACACCAUCAUCCAGCUGGGCAAGGAGAAGUACUCCACCUCGGUGGCAGAGAAGACCCUGGACCCCGUCUGGAAGGAAGAGGCCUCCUUCGAGCUCCCUGGAUUGCUCAUGCAGGAGAAUCCAGAAAAAUACAUCCUGUACCUGAUCGUCAUGCACAGGUCGCUGGUGGGGCUGGACAGGUUUUUGGGACAGGUGGCCAUAAGCCUGAAUGAUAUAUUUGAAGACAAGCAAAGGCGGAAAACAGAGUGGUUUCCUCUAGAGUCCAGACAAGGGAAGAGAACUAAAGACAGAGGAGAAAUAAAGGUCAAUAUUCAGUUUAUGAGGAAUAACAUGACAGCAAGUAUGUUUGAUUUGUCAAUGAAGGACAAAACCAAAUCCCCUUUUGCUAAACUAAAAGACAAAAUGAAGGGUCGGAAAAACGAUGGGACGUUUUCGGACACAUCCUCUGCAAUCAUCCCAAGUACUCACAUACCUGAUGCAAACAUAGAGCUGGGUAGUGGGGAAGUACAGAUGAAAUCCAAACCAAAAAAACCUUUCCUUUUGGGACCUCAGAGGUUGUCCUCAGCUCACUCGAUGUCGGAUCUGACGGGCCCGCACGUCUCCUCCGAGAGGGUGAAAUCCGGCACCGUUGGCUACUCCCACCUCUUCAGGCGCCAGCUGGAGUCCUUUGGCUCCGUGGAUGAAGGGGGGAGUCUAAAAUCUCCACACAGAAGGACAUUAAGUGUUGAUACUUCUAAAAUGAACCAGCUUGACAGCACGGUUGAUGAAGCUGCACUUGAAGCACAAAAUGACCCAUUUACCAAUGUGAGUGCUUCGUUACCCCAAAAAUUUGCCACACUGCCAAGACAGAAGAACCCGUUUGAAGAGAGCCCAGCAACGUGGGAUCAGAACAUAAGUCUGUUCUCCAAACCCGGGGAAAUCAGGAGAGAACUGAAGAAAGAGAAAAAGGAGAAAGUUAGUCUUUUUGAGAGAGUGACUGGAAAAAAAGAUGGCAAGAGGUCAGAUAAACUCAGCAAUGGGGGAUCAGACAGUUCCACUGACCUGAAAUCGCCCGGGGUGGUCGGGGAAGCUCAUCAGGAGAGUUUUGAUUAUGAGCCAACUAAUCCCUUUGUGACGAACUUCAAGCCCACAAGCAUGUUGCCAUCUUCAAGUUUUCAUAUGAAUCCUUCUGGCAUUGAGGAUCUCAGGAAAAAAUCGGAAGGAAACCCUUUCGAUGCCACUGCUGGAUACCGGAACCUCACCUACGAGGAGGUUCUGCAGGAGCUGGUGAGACACAAAGAGCAGCUGAAGAAGAAGGACAGCCACAUCCGGGAGCUGGAGGACUACAUCGACAACCUUCUGGUGCGAGUGAUGGAGGAGACCCCCAGCAUACUCCGGGUGCCAUACGAACCUUCCCGCAAAGCUGGCAAGUUUUCCAAAAGCUGAGCCAGCGGGACCUGGGGGUACUCCCGCUGAAUGCUGUAGUGGAAGGAAAUCACACUUCAAGAUUGUGGCUUCUCUUCAUUCCUUUUCUCCUAAGAAAUUCCAGGAAUCGCCUUCCAGGGAGAAGGGGCAGUGGCGUGGGGUUUUUCUUUUGUUUUUUGUACUCCAAACACUAGCAGGGACCGCCAAAAGUUAUACUCUGUUAAAUUACCUGAGGAACUUUUUUUUUUCUUUUUGAAAACACCUUUAGGUACCGAAUACUUAAAAUAGAGUUAAUAAUACACAUUAAAUAUGUCCAUGAGUUUAUAUACAUAGUGUUCCCCAUGUGGCAGUUUCAGCUGGGAAGCCUGUGCUGUUAUGGGUGUUUUCUUGAAUGAUUAUUGGUAUUAGGCAAUGUAUCUAUUCUUUUAUUACAGCAUGCCACCAAGACCACUGUUAUCAGGCCAGUGUAGUAGUAUUCUGCUAAAGCUAAGUGUGGUUUAUUGCAGUGGAGUGUAAAGGCUAACAGUGAUGCACAAUCUUUGCAGAGUAAAUGCUGUAUUCUAUACAAUGUGCUUCUUCUAUAACAAUGUAAAAGAACCUGUGCCACUUCUGUACUGGCAUAUGCUGGAAACAGUUAUUUUACACAUAAAUGCUGAAUUUUGUGUGUAAUGAGUGAACUUUGGUGGUGAGCUCAUGACAUAAGGUUGUUUUGAGGAUCUUUUUGUAUGAAGUUGCUGCAUGCCUUUUUAUGUGUUAAAGUCCUUUGAACAGUGUUAAUAGAGUCAGAGGUAGGACUGGAGAGAAGUAUGGAAUAAAAAUACGAAUACUUUUGUCCAGUCAAAGUCUACUGCAAUGAAAAUGUAGCAGAAAUGGAGAGGCUGACUUAAAUAGACACGAUAAUUCAAAAAUGUAGAACUGACUCAAUGUAAAGUUGAGUUUUACAUUAUAUAUGUCUUAACUUUUUAAAUCUUAUGACAAUGAAGUAUAUGCCUUUAGAAAUAGGCCAUGUUGCUUAAACACAUAUAGAGUACUUAGACCUUUCAUUAAAAUAUCUGCAUCCAUGUAAAUAGUUCUAAAAGUCACUUUUCAUUGAGGCAAAUGAAAGAAGAAUGUAGUAAAUAUCUUCCUGAUCAUUUAAUAAUUGUUUAUGGAAUGACAUAUGAAAAUGGUAUCUGUUAUUCAAUGAAUUGGCAAAAUAUAGUGAUGUACAUGUAAUGGGGAAAUACUUUGAGGAGAAGAAUCCUCAAAAUAUUAUCAGAAGGAGAUUUUAAUUUUAAUUUCCUUAAUAAGAAUCUCGGUUGGAUUGUCUCUUGCUGUGAAACAGUAAGAUAAUAUUAACAAAAAAGUGCAGAGAAUAUUUUAGAUCUGGGUUUAAGAAAACUGUCUUUUCCUUUUCUUUUUCUUUACUUGAUCUGUUUUUUAUUUUCUUACAGCACCAUGAAAUGAUUGUUGAUGAGGUGGCAAAAAAGCUUGAAAUUAAAUUCCAAUUUUUUGUUGUUGUUGUAAAAGACUUAAAUAUACUUUUAUUUUUAAAACUGCAAAAAUUGGUAAUAUCUUGAAUAACCAUAAGUGAAAAAGUUGUAUCUGAAUGCCUUUGAUGCCAUUAGUAUUGUAUGGCAGCACAGAAUUAUUCCUGUUAGGAAAAAAGCUUCUUUGUACAAAUGUUCUCAGAUUUCAUUUACCUGUUUGGGGCUUUUUCUCCUUUAUUUUCUUCUUUUCUUUAGCAGCUACCUCCCACCCCCCUAGUGCUGUCCCUGAAAUGUGUGCAGCCUGAGUGUUCCCAGCCCUGCCCACAUGCAGAGCUCUGCACUCAGAGUUGGUGGAGCAGAGACCUGCUCACACAUCAGGCACUUUGUCAGCCUGAGGAUUUAUCAAGCUGGGGACCUCAUAAACCACAUGAAUGUUCUUUUGGACCCACUGAAGAUCCAAAUGACUGUAAAUUUGUUGUAAUGUACUCCAAGUGCCAAAGGUUCUGUGCUGGGUUAUGGUACGUUUGCUGUUGGAACUUAGGUUUUGCACUCAAUUAGAGUUUCAUUUCCUAAUUACACCAAGAUGUAUUUCAGUUACUCAGUAUUUCCAUAAAAAUUCUCAAACAUUUUCAAAUGCUUGGCAAGUGGUUUUCUCAUGUUGAUGGGGAAGUGUUGUGCAAUUGUUUGGAAUUCCACAGUCAUUUUCAGCUAACUGGUAUGAGACCAUCUCUAGUAUCUACUCUGCUUAAAUCAGACACCCCAGUGGGGAUUAACGAGUAAACUAACCACAGAAUGUGCUCCAAUGACUUCUCACGUGCAAGCCAACUUAUAAUUAUUAAAAUGAAACUCUACUAUAUUUAGCACCUCUGAAAUCACUCCUUUUAGAAUGUAAAUGUAGAAUAUCAAACUGCAUAAUUGACUAAAAGCAGAUCAUUUGACAUAUUUGCAUACCAAGAACGAUAAGCAGAUUAAAGGUAGCGAAAAGAUCAAUUUUUGUGCAUUAGUGAAGAAAUUUAGUGAAGCUUUCAAUGUACUACCUAGUCUGUAUCUGAUCUGCAUGUUGAAUAAAAGCACCUUUUGUUUCUGACAGAAAGAGGGGAGAAUGACAAAUGCAAUUUAGGAAAAGGUAAAGUUAUUUAGGGAGGCAGAAUGGGACAUUUACAACUAUGAAAAUAUUUUUGUGGAGUUCUUUUAGGUAAAGAUAUAGGCUGCUUUUGGAGGAAUUCUUGAAAGAUUAUAUACACAUUUUCUGUUUAGUUUCUAUAUUUUGAGAUUAUUUUUGAAAAGCGUCUUCACCCUACAUGUGUUUUUUGAAUCAUGCAGCUUUCAAAAUAAAAGAUUUCAUACAGAGUAAUUUAUAUGUUGAAAACAAAGAAAGUUCUGUUUCUCCCAUAGAGUAAAAUUGUCAACUUUCUUACACAUCAUUUUAAAACCAUAAUAACUUGCUACUUAUAGUCAGUUUUUCUUGCCCUUUAAAAUGUAGGAAUGAAAAUUUUGAGCAUCUCCAUAUUAUUUUGAUAUUUUCUCUCAAAAAUUAGCAUAGGAGUUCAUCCAUGCAUGCACUAUACUUUGAAAUUAUCCUUUGAAACAGCUCUGCUCAUAGCCAUGUGUUUUGGUUACUUUAAAGGACAAAUAUGAAGGCCAUACUUUAUUGUUGUAAGCAAGAAAUUUAAACUUUUUGCCAUUCAAGAAGGUUGUUUUAUAUUUAUGUAUGUUACCCCUUGCUGCUGUAUUUUAUGUUUAGCUUGGUUUUCCACCUACUAAUGAAUGUAGCAUUCUCCCUAGAUUAUCCACAACUACAUUUAUUGCUGUUGGCUCUGUGUCAAGAACUAUUUGUAGUUUUCCAGCUGUGAAAAAUGUUGCCUUGCAUUUAGAAAGGUUUCAUGAUUUGGGGACCUAAUGAAAAUCAUGCUCAUUAGCUCCUGGUCUGCAUUUCUUUCUGCCCAGGAUGCCCUUUCCUUGGUGCAUCUUGACAGGAGCAGAACUGCUGUCUUAAUGUGUUUACUGCUGCACUGGAGGGUUAUUUACACCUCCAGCUUUAAAGAAAGAUUGUUGUCCUGCAUCAGCUGUGUAAAGUAAGCUCAUGCUUUGUGCUCUUUCUGUCCCCAUUGCUGCUGUAGGGUUGGUAGAGGCUUUCCCAGGGGUGAUGUGUAAAGCAGGGUGACCAGCUUGCUCUCCUUGAAGUACUUGGUGAAGGAUUCUAGUGCUGCUGUGUUGAGGAUGCUGGAUGUAAGGGGCUGUCAGCACUUUCAGUAGGAAACCCUGUUUUCAGGGAUCUGUAGCUUAAAAAUGGAGAUACAGUCACUGGAAGUACUUAAUAUGCAACAGGUAGCACUUUAGUGUGUCUAUGAAGGGUUUGAGGUCUCCUAAAGCACGGGGGGCAUUCGCUGUGUCUGUUUUAAUUUCUGUGUUGAAGAAGCCACUGUAUGUUACAAGUGGUAGAGCCAUUCCUGGUCAUCUCAGAAGCUUCCAGAUGUCCUGUAUUACAAUGUACUAUAAAAAGCUGAAGAUCCAGGUUCUAUAGCAAGUCUGUGAAAGAUAAAAACAUUACUUAUGACUUAAGGGUUUAUUUUGUCUCGUGCAAUCAAUGGUAGUUUGUCUACAUUUAAUAAUGGUACAGAAUCAUAACUAUAUGCACUUAUGAGAACUAUAAACUUAGAAUGCAUGAAAAACUUUAUUUUUGUUUCAUUAUUGCAAGUUCAGAUCCUUUUAAUUUGAUUAAAAUGUUAUCUUAAUAUUUUAAUUUUUGUUCAUUAAAUAAAUAUUGCAUGUCUAACACUAAUAAAGCACCACAAUGCACUACC